GGUGUCGGUGAAAGAGUGUCAAAAGAGUAAAUAAUGCGAAAAACGAGAUCGCAACACCAACGUGUCCUUGCAAUAUAAUCAUUUCCCGCGACUUUGGUUUUCGCAUUUCCACUCUUUCUUUAUCUCACUGCAACACAGAUCCGGUGCCGAUUCGAUCGGAGAGAAAGCUAGCUAGAUAUAUAUAGGCGAAUGGAAUUCAGAAGAUGAAGUUCUAUGUAUCUGCCAAAGACGCCCGAAAAGGAUCCGUCAAGACAACUGUUCCUGCCGACACCGUCGCCGCUCGCCGGAUUUCCAGCCGGACGGUGCUGGUCCUCGGAAUCGUCUUCCUGCUCAGCUUUGUGAGAGUGGCGGUUUUGGUGCUGGAAUCUUCUGCGGUGUGCUCCACCUUUGAUUGCGUGGGAUCGACAUUUUUCGGCGGAGGUGACGCCGAUCUGAAACUCAGAGAUGAGCUGACCAGAGCGCUAAUAGAAGCAAAGGUUAUCGAUGGCAAUGCUAACGAAGGAGGAGCAAUAAUGUCAUUUAACGAGCUUGUGAAAGUGUUGGCGUCAAAACAAGACCUCAAGGCAUUUGCUUUCAAGACCAAAGCCAUGCUGUUACGGAUGGAGCGUGAGGUGCAAUCAGCUAGAAAGCAGGAGUCACUUUAUUGGCAUAUAGCUUCACACGGUGUUCCUCAAAGUCUGCAUUGUCUUUGUUUGAAGUUGGCUGAAGAAUACGCUGUAAAUGCCAUUGCACGAUCUCGUCUACCUCUUCCUGAACAUGUCUCUCGCCUCGUUGACCCCACUUUUCACCACAUUGUUCUCCUAACCGACAACGUCCUUGCGGCUUCUGUUGUUGUAACCUCCACUGUUGAAAAUUCAGCCAACCCUGAAAGAUUAGUCUUUCACGUUGUUACUGACAAGAAGACUUUCACUCCAAUGCAUACUUGGUUUGCCAUCAACUCUAUUAACUCAGCAGUUGUUGAAGUUAGGGGGUUACACCACUAUGAUUGGUCUAAAGAAGUGAACGCUGGUGUUAAGGAUAUGCAGGAAACUAAUAACUUAAUUUGGAAGCACUACUACAGCAACUAUAAACAAAAGGAGCUUGACCAUAGUGAAGACCAUAACAGAUAUUUGGAAGCUUUGAGGCCUAGCAGCCUUUCCUUGUUGAAUCAUCUCCGCAUCUAUAUCCCUGAGCUCUUUCCAGAUCUAAACAAGGUAGUAUUGCUGGAUGAUGAUGUGGUAGUACAACAUGACCUAUCUUCUUUGUGGGAACUAGAUCUUAAUGGCAAAGUCAGUGGUUCAGUGUUCAAGUCAUGGUGUGAGAACAGUUGCUGCCCUGGAAACAAAUACGUCAACUUCUUGAACUUUUCACAUCCUAUCAUAUCAUCCAACUUUGACGGUGAUAAGUGUGCAUGGCUCUUUGGCGUGGAUAUAUUUGAUCUUGAAGCUUGGAGAAAAUCAGAUAUUACUAAGACCUAUCAUCAAUGGCUGAAACUUAACGUCCAGUCUGGGUUGACAUUAUGGAAUCCAGGAAUGCUCCCAGCUGCCUUGAUUGCUUUUGAGGGUCAAGUGCACCCCAUAGAUACAUCAUGGCUCGUCACUGAUUUAGGUUAUCGCCAUCGAUCAGAAGAAAUAGGCAACAGCAUAGAGAGAGUGGAAACUGCUGCUGUUGUUCAUUUCAAUGGCCCAGCAAAGCCGUGGCUUGAAAUUGGUUUACCUGAGGUUCGAAGUUUAUGGACUAGAUAUGUAAAUUUCUCCGAUAAGUUUAUUAGCAAAUGUAGGAUUAUAGUGUGAAGAGACAAAGUUAACUGUUCCACCUCCAAUAUUGAGAUAGAAUCAAUGAUACCGUAUGGAACAAGAGGGAAGAAGGUCUUGCCUUCAGUCUCUGACUUACGGUAAUUAUCCAUGCAUAUGUCCAUAUAUAAAUAGCAAAUAGAUGACGCAACUAUACAAUACGUCGCGUACCAUGUUAGAAGAAGCUAGCAGCAGCUCAUGCAGUUUAAGAAUAUGAAGAUACAAGCAUCAUAAUGCAUGCAGUAGUCUAGUAAAUUAUUUUAUUUUUCUUAAUGUCAUUGGAGAUAUUGUUUUACUUGAACAACAUUUGUAUCUUGUUAAUUUUUUAGUUUAGAUCCUUGCUUGAAUUGAAUGUAUAGUUAAA